AUGCCUCUCGAUACAUCCACGACAUACCCUCUCACAAAACUGCGCCUCGAUGGCCGCCGGUGGAACGAGCUCCGACUGUUCCAAGCGCAAAUUUCUACCAAUCCUGCCAGCUCCGGUUCCUCCUACCUUGCGAUGGGAAAUACGACGAUAAUGUGCUCUGUCCACGGACCCGCCGAGGGCCGUCGCGGCGAUGCAACCGGUGGAUCUGCAGGGUCAUCCGGUGCGGUGGUCGAGGUGGACGUGAACGUUGCCGGCUUUGCAGGGGUUGACCGCAAGAGACGCGCCGGAGGAAGCGAUCGGCAAUCCUCGCGAGUUGCGACGACCCUCCGCGCCGCCUUCCAGUCGCACCUGCACACAUACCUUUACCCGCACAGCACGAUCAGCAUUCAUGUCUCGGUGCUUUCGUCCGAUGGAUCGCUUUUGGCUGCUGCCGUAAACGCAUGCACCUUAGCUCUCGUAGAUGCGGGUAUCCCGAUGCCCGGUCUGUUGUGUGGCUGUACCGCCGGCAUGAGUGGGAGCGCCUCGACGCCUCGGGACCCUCACAAUGACCAACUCGACCCGCUGCUGGAUCUGUCUCUCCCCGAGGAGCAGGAGCUGCCAUUCCUUACUGUCGGUACUACAUCGUCCAUCCCCGUCGGGGAGAAUGCCAUGGACACAGACGAGGAGGAUAUGAAGGUGACGAUGCUGAACAUGGACUCCAAGGUUCAUUGCUCGUACAUCGAGACGAUGCUGGCGGUUGGAAUCGACGGCUGCAAACAAAUUCGCGAGAUUAUGGAAGGGGUCAUCAAGGGAUCGAAACGCACAUGA